UUUGCGUAUCGAUAGCAGCCGCGGGAUGAUGUGAGAUCGCGGCUGCCUUUUGUGUUUGGUUUUAUUUUUCGCGAUUCAACUACUCACCGUGUCGUGGCCAGUCAGAGUCAGAGUACAAGCGAACGAAGAAUCGCGGCGGCCAUACGACGGGCUCUGUAUUGACGACGAUCACGACAACAGGCGAAGGUGACGACGACGACGACGGCGGCGGGAGUCGUAUCAUUGCGAUUCCACCAACCAAACCAAGAGUAAAACGACGAGUAUGAACUUCCCACGACACGACGAUGUUGGAGCAACAGUACGUUAUCUAAGCUAUCAGUCGGUCGGUCGGUCGUUCGGCAGCAGCGUUUUGUCCAGUCUUCAUUCGGGUUUUAGGAUCGUUGCCGUCGUUUUCGUGGUGCUCGCGAAUAGUUGUUCCGACUCAUCAAGGAUACUUUGUGUGAGAUUAAGAAAACAGUCACUUUAGAAAAACAAUCGGCGACAAGUUAUCGCCCCAAGGUACGGAAGUGCUAAAGAAUUAAGAGGAUUUGAUUGAGGCGACACUCUAAAUUGGUUGGUAACGACGAUGUAGUGGAAGAUUUCGGUUCUCAUACUGAUGAUUGAAUUAGGCAAAGUACGUAGGCAGGCAAGCAGCAAGGGGAAAGAAAAUACUUAGACAUGGUGAUAGUGCGGAAAUAUGAUUGGGGGACCUCGAAUUCACAAGGACGUAUGAAUACUAUCGCGGUCUCUAUUUACGUUUGUCGAACGGUCUCAAUCGUGGACCUCACAAUGUCAGGUAAAAGGCCCAACAAAAGAUAAGACCAAAGAAGCCAAAAGCGGGAGAAUUGAGUUUUUCCCUUCCUUCUGUUUGGAAAAAUUAAAGCACGUCCUUUUGUGAAUUUGAUUGGGAGGACUGGGCACUUUGGCGAUAAAGGUCACAGACAAGAAUGGGAUGGUGUGGCGAUACUACCGAAAGACAUGAUUUAUUUUUCUUCUCGCAUUUAACGCAAUUGCAGUGUGAAUGGCUGUAUCGGUGUGCGUACGGCUCGAGUGUUUCCAUUCAAGAGUAUGCGUACUGCUGUGAAAAGGCGAAAUAUAUGAAUUAAAAAUUCUUGAAUCAAUGACACUGUUAUAUCAUGGUAGUGAAAAAGUGGAGAGGCGCAGAGCGGCCGAUGCGUGGAAGUGAUUAACAUCAACAUACAUCUUGCAGCACGCUUAAUUGCCCGAAAUUAUCUGCAAUCAUCCAAGGCAAGAUGACGAGGAGAAUAUCAGAAAAGCAAAGGAAAAGCCCAAAGUGAAGCAAGAAACUGCUGCGAAAAUUAUCGGGGAGCAGCAUAGAGUGAUAAAUGUCAAUUGAACACACAGUGUUGUGGAAGAACACCCAAAAGAAGAGUACAUAAUACACCACACCAGAGGAACACAUGAUCUCUGGUUCUGAAUGAGUCUACGACGACGAUACACCAGUGUAAAGUGUCGCCAUCUUGCAUGUAUUCGCGCAAAUCUCAUUCUCUUCCAAUAGGAAUAUCUUCGCCAGUCAGCCGUCUCAGUCGCCGUCAGUGUGCUCUUUUCUGGCUGGCUGAUGUCGUCACAAAUUUAUUUUUUCGAGUGUGAUUUCUCCGUGGUACACAGAAGAAAACCCGAGCUGCUAAUAAAAAGUCUUCUAGUUGGUCAAUAAUUGCAAAUUAAGCUCUGAACCAGACCGUAAUCGACGGCGCAAUGGAUGGCCCUGCCGAUUUUCACUAGGCUGCGUGUUCCGGAAUGUGCUAAACUGCUGAAAAAUGAGUGAAAACUUCGCGGCUGCAGCGGCCGCAAAACAAAUGCCUAUCGAAAAGCUAGUGCGUGUGGGUUACUAUGAACUGGACAAAACCAUCGGAAAGGGAAAUUUCGCCGUGGUGAAGCUGGCCUCUAAUGUGAUAACCAACUCCAAGGUUGCAAUUAAAAUAAUCGAUAAAACAUGUCUCGACGAGGAGAACCUGGCGAAAACGUUCCGCGAAAUAUCGAUACUGAAGGUGUUGCAUCACCCGCACAUUACGCGCCUGUACGAGGUGAUGGAGUCACGUAACAAAAUCUACCUGGUGACGGAACAUGCGGCGCGGGGCGAGAUUUUUGACCAUCUGGUGGCGAAUGGGCGCAUGAAGGAGGAAGAGGCGGCCCGGAUAUUCUCCCAGAUUAUUUCUGCGGUCGACUACUGUCACGGCAAAGGAAUCGUGCAUCGGGAUUUGAAGGCGGAAAAUGUCCUGUUGGAUAACGAGAUGAACGUCAAGCUGGCGGAUUUCGGAUUCAGCAAUACAUUUACCGAUGGCAUUCCGCUCAAGACUUGGUGCGGAUCUCCACCGUAUGCGGCACCGGAAGUUUUUCAAGGCGUGGAGUACGAUGGACCGCGGUCGGACAUUUGGAGCCUGGGGGUGGUGCUUUAUGUACUAGUUUGCGGAGCCCUUCCGUUCGAUGGUGCUACUUUACACGAUUUGAGAAGCGUUGUUGUUGCGGGUAAAUUUCGCAUACCCUUCUUUAUGUCGCAGGAAUGCGAACACUUGAUUCGGCACAUGCUUGUCGUGGAGCCGGAAAAACGUUACACACUUAAACAAAUAGCUAAUCACAAGUGGUUGGAGAUGUACAAUUCCAUACCGCUGCUCGAGACUGGAACUUUCCAGCAGCCAGAAAGCGCAAAUCUAGAUACAAUUGUUAUGACUCAUAUGUUACAACUUCCCGGCCUUACAGCCGAUAUGAUCGCACAGUCUGUUCACGAGAAUCGUUUCGACCAUAUUUACGCAAUUUAUUACCUGCUGGUGGACAAGUUAAAGCAAAAGCGGAAAGAAAAAAGUCGAUUACAACAUCACGCCAGCUUGGCAUAUUCGCGUUCGAGGAAAACUAGUAUUACAACCGGUGUCGUAGACCGGACCGAGGUAAUCAAAAAUGAUUCUCUGGAGAGGCUGAGCCCGCUCACCAGUACCGGAUCACCGAUCCUAAGCAUGUCCGGUGGCUUCGGCACGACAGAGGAUCUGGAAAAGUAUGACAACGAUUCCGCAAACAUGGCCCGGACCCCAGAAUCUACGGAUCGUUUGUAUCCAUCGGUUUGCGCCAACACGGCGGCUAACACCAGGCGGCACACCGUCGGACCCGGCGAUGUAGCACACGAACAGGCUCUCGCUAAUCCAAACGCCCCGAUCAACUUCAAGGUUGGGCCAGCCGAUCAACAAACACAGAACGUUCCAAUUAACAUACCGAUGCUCCAAAACCAACCAGUUCACAAUCUCACCAUCAAGGAUCAACAUCUGCUUAAGCCGCCUACCGUUAUGGGUGCAAGUGCCUUUGGAAGACGGGCAUCGGAUGGAGGAGCCAAUUUGCACAUAUUCUACCCGACGACGACGUCCAACUUCAGCGAACAGCAGCAGCCACCGGGCGUCGGGGAGGUUGUUUACGGGGUUCAGCAACCGCAUGUUAUUGCGGCCGGUGGAGGUGUAACGGUCAUUGGGGACCAUCCGAUGCCACCGGUCACCCCGGGAGUCGAUGGACCGGAUGAUUCGAGCGAUGAAAUUAAAAGGUACAUGGAUGGUCGCGGCUGCGUAAAGCGACACACCGUCGGCUGUACCGAUGAUCUCUCUGUUGGGCCUUCAACGUCGAUGGAACCUCCGCAGGCUCAUUCGCCCGCUGCCAACACCGGUGGAGCUGGAGCCGGCGGAGGUGGAGGAGGCCGGACUCGUCGAACUGGAUUGCUAACGGUCAUGGAAAGACCGCCAGUGAUUAGUCCCGAUUUGGUACGCGAAGUAGAGGCACGAAUGAAUCGAAACUAUCUACCUCCAUCGCUGCUGACGUCAUCUCCGCCAGCGACGACACCGCAGCCUCCCCCAGCGCACAUGGCCGCUCCUUCGCUAGCGCUCCCGGGAGGUUUCGGGUCAGGAUUCCAAACUAACAGAACUGCCCCGACGGUCCCGCCCACUUUGGGAGGUGGAUACAACACCCAUCCGAUGCAGCAGCUCAUUGAAUCGAUUCCACCAACGACUGGAGUUCUGCUGCCGUCUAAUCCCUUCAUACCAACUACCUCGACACAGCAAACGCCCACUAUCGUCCCUGCUUCCACUGCACUGCAGAAUGUUUGUAGUAGACGCUUAGCUAGACAUUGUAAACUACCUACCGUACAGGAGAUCGGUCGAUACAGCCCGGUGAGGCGCGCAUCGGAAGGCUCCAAGAUUAACACACAAUUCCAGGGACCAUUCCAUGAGUGUCAGCAGCUGCAGAAGGGACUCAACGCUGGCACUCAGCAACGAAACCUACUCAUAACGCCCAGCCCGCCCCUAGCGGACAAUUCGGUCAGCCUGCCCGGCUCGCCGAUGCACUGUAAACCAUUCGCCGAAGACAGAUCUCAGCAGGACAUUACACUGCCCCAGGAUUUGAUAUUAUCGCUGAUGCCGGGGCUGGAGAAGUUGGUGCUCGAAAAGCGCCUCCAGAUCGAGACCGCUAAACACAUCAUCAAUACGCGAACUGUGCCAUAUGAAGUACGCCAGCAGUUGGGUUUGUUUGCGCAAUCCAUCAAUCCAGACCUGGGCUAUGCCCUGCAGCAGCAACAGCUGCAGCACAGCCAGAGCGUAUCGCCUCUCACGGCACGGCCUGCGACACUUCAGCCCGGCAGUAUCAUGGGUAGCAGUAUAGGUUCUCCUAAUUAUGGCUAUUACGGAGGACUGCCUUACUCUCCACUUGCGGCGCCAGGAAUCUUUCCGGGACUCAACUUUCCUGGCAGCAACGGCAACAGUGGAUGUCCCUCUCCAGUAUACUACAGCGAGUGCCCUUCACCGGUGAUUGCUGGACCAUCCGGAACGUCCGGAGGUGGAGCUUCGCCACUACACCAAAUCACUCGAGGUAUUAGUAGUAUGAACACUGGAGGUAGCACGACUUCAGCUGCAGGUGGGUCGAUUACCCGAGGAACUUCUGCAGCGUUCCCGGUAUCUUGCAAUGAACCGUUAGAUUUAAGUAUGGACGUCGUUAAUAGCGUAGAGUUAGAUUUCUCUAGAAGCAACUAUGCAAUGAAUCCGAGCAGUACUAUAGCACACAACUAUUUCGAUAUGAAAAACUUUAGCCUUGUGCCACCACAACAAAUGCAAAUGCGAUUAGUUGCGACGCCUCCGACAUCGCCGAAUCUUUGUAUUAUACAAGAAGAAAAUCCUAAUGCUGCCCCUUUUCAGGGUGGUGUACCUUAUAAGAGUCAAUCGGCCGGUGGAUCGCCGGAAGAUUUAAGUUUUCAGCAUACUCAUCCGCAGAUUUGCCUGACGGAUGUUCAGGGAAGUGAGAUUACCUUGGUGGCCCUGUCGGAUUCUAGUCACGACAGUGACGAUUCGCUGAACUGUCAAAAUUCGGGGUUGGGAUUUCAGGGCCUCCUGAUUUCGGAACCCUCCAGCGACAUGCCAUCGAUCACCCGUGGCGUCGGUAGAAAAGCUAGUCUCGAUACGGAGAACAACUCGACUUCAACGUCGACAAAGCUUGACACCGACACCAGUGAUUCGUACGCUCGUCGCGGCAGUGACAAGUCGCUAGGGUUUAGCGAUGAUAGUCUCAGUAACGAUUCGAACCACUCAAAUUUGUCCCCUAGUCAGGAACCGUCCGCGAGUUCCGGAUUCAAGAGUUGCGAUUCCCACUCGGAGCAGGAUGCUCGGCUUAGCCCUGAUUCGUUGUGCGAUACGAAAACGCUAACGGAUGAGUGCUACGAGCUGCCUUUGCCGCAGGAAUGCUCCACUCUUGAUUCAUCUCGAAUACUGGAAAUGGUGAAGCGGCGCAUCGACUCCAAGAUGCCUCCGAUGGGUUGCGUCUUUAACGCAUCGAAGGUGGGCGAAUUCGAUGGCAGCCAGCACAGUGGUCGGACGGAGAUGGACAGUUCUGCCAUGCUGACGGAUAACAGCUCCAAUCUAAGCCUGGAGUAUUCGGGUGGGCUGCAGAUCGAGCUGCAGGUCGUCGAAGGUCGCAUGAAAGACAGUCCACAGGGUGGCAAGGGUAUCAAGCUGCGCCGGAUUUCUGGGGAUCAGAAUGAGUAUGGCAAACUGUGCCAGCAGUUGAUAACUUCGCUUACCGUUUGAAGGUUACAAGCACGUGGUAAAACGUAUUGAAGUUAACUUUACUAGAUGUAAGCAAUAUUGAAAUUACUGAGCGAGCACCCUCUUUGUGCGGAUUAUUAUCUGUUUUUAUGGGUCACAUCUGGUGAGCCGUUCCAGUUUAUUCGGUAGGCUGCUGUUUACUCCAGUAAAAAUUUCGAUUCUACCUUGCUUUUCUAACACUCUGAGAUAACAUUCGGAACUACACAAAAACAUUGUAUUUUACAGUUAACACUGCUUGGGUCCCAAGGCAGGACUAAACUAACCUUUGAAAUGAGUAUUGAAACCAGUAUUCAAGAUAUAUUUUUGAAAACGGAAAUCGUUAUUGAACUCAAAUUUCGAAUUCUAAGGUAUUAUUAUGAUGACUUCUUUUUAAAAGAAAGUACUCGAAGUCUGCUUAUAUCAUUAUGAACAGUUUGUUAAAGCAACCUAUUGAAUAAACUGAAAUCGCUCAUGGUGAAGAAGUAAAUAAAAAAUCUGUUAACCUUGAGAGCCUGUUAAAGUGAAAAAAUGAAUUCAAAAUUCGUUGAUUUUUCCCCUGUUUGCAAAUGUAGGAUGGAACAACAAGUAUUGGUCUAUUUUGUUCGAUAAACUUAAUGAAACAUCAAAUUACUUUUUCUCAAAUACUAACUCAUUUCCUUUUUGAAACUUUUGAUUUGGUUUGAAACAGAAUUUGGAUUAAGUUUAAACGUUUCAACAAACAUUUUGAGGAGACUUGACACUACCCAAGGUAGAAUCAUCAUACGCAGGAAACCAUCGAACUUACGUUUAGACCAAAUGGUAUGCGAUAGAAAUUGUAGUUUUAUUUGCUGUCAUAUUUUCAAACAGGGUUAUCGGAAGCUGAGGGCAUCAAACGAGUUUUGUUGAAAAAUUAGGACGAGCAAAUAACCGUAAUGUUGAGAUAUCAACAUAGGCUCACUGUUAAGCCCUUUGUGGAAAAAAUGACGUGUGCCCUUGUCCGACACCUUAAAAAAUCAGAACACCUCUCCCCUUUCGAAAGAAUGAUCUAAAGAUUCGCCCGGUAAUAGUCAUAAUACGCUGAAAAUCGUUUGGGUCUACGUUCAAACCAAAAGUUAUGCGCUUGAAGUCUAAAUGCCCGGGAAACGUCGAAAACAACAGUUUUUUCUUAAAAGUAUGUCUAUUCUGAGUUUGAUGGAAACCCAUACACUUUUUAAGACAUGGUUUUCAAUUUUGUUUAUAAUAAGUGCAGUGUUGUCAAAUUGUUCAGUUAAAAUAUUAAUGCCUUGUUUAAACUGUAAAACCCACAAGUCAGAAGUCAGAAUGCGUACCCCUAACAAAGAAAACGGCGUUCGUUCACGUUGAACAAAAUCAAAAAUCUCAGACACAACAUUUAAUAUUCUUAAGAAGAAUUUGAAUUCAUUAUUUUACUAACCACAGGCUUUCUUCGGUCAGCUUAAAAUCACUCCAACUUUAAAAAAAAUCGCAAAACCCCGAUGAUUUCUUGAGUGUGGUGUGUUGUCUUUCGGAGCUCUAGGGAAACUACUUAGGCAAAACUAUAUAGAUUUCAAUGUGUUCAAUAGUAACGCGCACGUAUUUUCAGUACACAUCUUCAAGUUCUUUAUUCAGCAAGUCGAGCGGGUUUGGGGAAACCCUAGGGGAAGAAAAACAAAACAAAACGUCGGUCGUCGAAAAUAACCGUAGAUGUGUCUAACUAGUUAGAAAACGAAUCCAAGGGAGCGAAAUCGUUAAUUGAGUAACAGUAGCGCUCUUCUAAAUAGAUAAAAAUAUAUACUGAAGUAAUGAGUUUGCCAUGUUGAUACUUUGAGUUGAGUAAAUGUUUUUGGUUUAUCGAGAACAUUGUGUGAUCUUGAGAUGUAAUCUCAAUUACAGAAAGCUUACGUUGGAGGAAGGGAGCGAUUGUUUUUUUUUACUCCUUUUCGUUAUUCAAAACGAUAUAAUAUAUCAGUUUAUAUUUUAUUUUUAAAAUUCAAUCGCAAUAAGAAGCUCAAAAGCGGUUAUUGUUUAGAAUACAUUAUGAGAAACCGGAGGAGUCCACCAGGGAACAUCGUUAUUUCAACCAAACGCGUGAAUCAAAAGGAUAAAAAAAAACCUUUCUCUAGUGCAAUUAAUUCGAUCAAACAAAAAUUAACAUUCCAAAUGUGUCAUUGUGAAGAAGUGUAAGAACAAACGAAAUUCUCGAAAUUUGAUUUCGGUUGUGUAAAAUAUAAACACUCGUCAAAUCCUUCCUGUUGUAAAUGAUUCCAUUAAUGUCUUUUUGUACGUUAUUGAAUUCCAUGUUCGUUCUCUCGUUUAUUGCAAAAAAAAACACAAACACAUUCCUAACAACGUGAAUUUUGCCUAUCCAUUCGAAAUGAAAACAUUAAACCGUUUGGGUUCGUUACGAAGAUUGAAUCGGAAGUAUUGUAACGUCUUGUGUUUGAGGUAGCAUUGAAAUAUCGUUUUAUAUAAGACAGAUAAAUUUAAAAAAAGCACAAAUUUUGUAUAGCUAGUAAGCCAAAUGAAGAAAGAAAAAAAAACAAAACCAAGAAAAGCUAGACGCUGAACUGAUUAAGUAAAUCGAAAGCCAUACAUGUCAAUGCAAAUACCUCCCCCGCACAUUAGUCCAAACAGACCGGGUUCUCUGCAAUUGUAAGAAAUUAAAGAAUACGCCAAAAACAAACCGUGCUCUUUUCGUGCUCCACACGCUUUGUACUCACAUUUGGUUGGUAUUCUAACUUCUUCGUUCAUAGUUAAAGUGCAAAUACCUUUCCGAGUUUUCGUUUGAAGAAAACCUUCAAACUCCAUAGGGCUGGAAGUUUAAUUGGACUAUUUACGCAGACAGUACACGAACGGAUUAGUUAAAGUAGUGAAUGGCGACCGGAAACUACGAUAAGAAAACAAGAAACAGCAAAACAAAACAAACAAUGUUACUAACUUUACUAUUUCUUACUAGCGUAAUUAAAUCACUAUCAACUUAUUGAGCAAAAACAACCCCCAGAACCAAUGUUAGAUUUGGUAAAAGUGGAUGCAGAAGAAAAAAUAGAAGAAAAAAAAUAGUUGAAUACCGAUGGUGGACUGGUAGGAUGGGUAAGGAUGAGAAAAAAUCAAACUUCAUUGGAGAUAAGGGAAGAGAAGAAAAAAAAAAACAAAAUAAGUACAUUGAAAUAAUAUUUAUCUAUAUCGUUGAAUACAAGACAAAACAAAAGCAAAACUAAGCUAUUUCGAAAUCUUCAAGGCAUGUAAAUAUUCUAGUGAGAAAAAAAAUUAUCAUUAAAAAAGACUGCUGUGAUUUUAACAUAAAUAAA